AAUUGUAGCGGGCGAAGGCGGAAGCGAUCGGGAGAAACAAUAACAAGCACAAGACGCUGUGUGUAUUAUAGCUAUUAUUUUAUCCAAAUGGAUUUACGCUCACUUUAAACUAAUACUGCAAGUCGUAAUUGUCUCGGUUUAUUGUUAUUUUAAAUACGAUAGGACAUCCGUAUUUCAGUUGCCGUUAUUCCGCUAGUCUCCAAAAUCAUCAUGUCUAUAUUUAGCGUACAAGCGAGGAAACAUACAGCGUUUUAUGACCAUUUAAUGUCAGCACCAAUGUCCAAGACACCCGGGAGAGAGCGACCAGCAGCGCUAAAGGCAACUGAACUGGGAAAAGGCGAGAUAUCAGGUGCAGAAUCUGCGAGCGAAGUCAGCAGGUUGUCUGAGAAAAGUCGUCCUGUAAACAGAACUUACGUCGUGUCUGCCGUGUCAAAAAGCGGCAGCGGGCAGCAGACUCCUUACAGAGGCCGACCGGCCUUGCAGAGGAGGUCAAGGAGGAAGACUGGGGCUGAACGAAAGACAGAGGAAACGGCGACUGAAAGCAGCCAGAACACCACCCCGGCUCCAGAGAAGAGGCUGACUCUGCAGCGCAGGACCAGGACGCCCUCCAUGAUGGAUAAAAGCUCGCGUGGGCAGCGUGGGGUCAGCGCUACCGGUCAACAAGCGACCCCUAAAGUCCUGGGUGAACCAAACGGCAGGACCCCUGGUUUAUUAAGAUCAGCGAGCUUAAGAGACCCCAAAACGUUUAAAGUAGCAGAAGCUCAGGUUAAACCCUCUUCAUCUUUUCCAGCCAGGCAGCUUGUUGAGGACGGGGAUCAGACCUUUAAAACUCCCACCAAGAAGACACCGUUUGGGAAAAUCGCCGCCAGGAGAGACGUAUUUGAGAAAAUGGCCAGUAAAGAACCUCCGAAACCGGUGGCGCUCAAGUCUGGGAGCAUGGAAAGACCCAAAGCCCGAGCUCAGCAGUCUGGAGACGCCAAAGCUCAUCCUGUACCUGCUCCACGGGUCAGCAGGGCCCUGACAGGCGUGCACAAGCCCAGCACUGCGGGGCAAGAGAGGAAGACAACCAGCUCCAGCGCAAAGCCAGAGGUGACCGUGGCCAGGACAUCCACUGAACACUCUCUGAUCCAGCAGCAGGAUUCCUUUAAGAUGGAAAACAGUGCAGUGGCUGUGGCUGUCAGGGUCCGGCCUUUCAGUGCCAGAGAGAAAACAGAGAAGGCCCCCCAGGUCAUAUUCAUGAACGAUCAGGAGACCGUUGUCCAGCAUCCAGAGUCCAAACAGAGCUACUCCUUCACGUAUGACUUCUCCUUCUGCUCCGUGGAUGAGGGUGACCCCGGCUUCGCCAGCCAGAAGACGGUUUAUGAGACGCUGGCCAAACCUCUGCUGCUGAGGGCCUUUGAAGGAUUUAACACCUGCUUGUUUGCUUACGGCCAAACAGGCUCUGGGAAAUCAUACACGAUGAUGGGCUUCGAAGAAGAGGCAGGGGUCAUCCCUCGUUUCUGCCAGGAGCUGUUUGUGAAACUGGCCUCCAUGGAAAACAAAGAGGUUACGUGUCACAUAGAGAUGAGCUACUUCGAAGUGUAUAAUGAGAAGAUCCAUGAUCUGCUGGUGAUCAGAGAGGAGCCAAACCAGAGGAGGAUGCCACUGAGAGUCAGGGAGCAUCCCGUCCACGGUCCGUAUGUUGCUGACCUUUCUACAAAUGUGGUGAGCUGUUACAAUGAUAUUAAGGGCUGGCUGGAGCUUGGGAACAAGCAGAGAGCUACGGCAGCAACGGGAAUGAACGACAAGAGCUCCAGGUCUCACUCGGUCUUUACCCUGGUUAUGACUCAGAUGAAGACCGAGUUUGUGGAGGGAGAGGAACACGACCACAGCAUCACCAGCAGGAUCAACCUGGUCGAUCUGGCUGGCAGCGAGCGCUGCGGCUCAACCCAGACGAGUGGAGACAGACUCAGAGAGGGUGCUAGCAUCAAUAAAUCCCUGCUAACACUUGGAAAGGUCAUCUCUGCUUUAUCGGAGCAGGUACUGACCAGGAAGCAGGUUUUCAUACCGUACAGAGAGUCUGUUCUCACAUGGUUAUUGAAAGAGAGCCUCGGCGGCAACUCCAAGACGGCCAUGAUCGCGACCGUGAGCCCAGCGGGCAGCAACGUGGAGGAGAGCCUGAGCACCCUGCGUUACGCUCAGCAGGCCCGCACCAUCAUUAACGUGGCCAAAGUCAACGAAGACACCAGUGCCAAGCUCAUCAGAGAGCUGAAGGCAGAGGUGGAGAAACUGCGAGCGGCCCAGAUGAGCUCGCUGGGCGUCGAGCCGGACAGAGUGCGAAUGUUCCAGCAGGAGAUCAGCACCCUGAAGAAUAAACUCUUUCAGCAAGAGAGAGAGAUGCUUGAAGCCAACCGGGCAUGGAGAGAAAAACUUGAGCAAGCAGAAAUCCGUAAACGUGAAGAGACCAAAGAGCUGCAGAAAGCAGGUGUGACGUUCAAAGUGGACAACCGUCUUCCCAACUUGGUGAACCUGAACGAGGACCCCCAGCUGUCCGAGAUGCUUCUCUACAUGAUCAAAGAGGGCAGGACCACAGUGGGCAAGCUCAAAGCGGGCUCCAGUUACGACAUCCAGCUCACAGGAGCUCUCAUCGCCGACCAGCACUGUGUCAUAUCCAACAUCCACAAUACUGUCAGCAUCACUCCCAUGGACAAUGCCAAGACAUUUGUGAAUGGGAACCUCAUCUCUGAAUCCACUGUCUUACAUCAUGGGGACAGGGUGAUCCUCGGCGGGGAUCACUACUUCCGUUUCAAUCAUCCGGCCGAGGUGCAGUCUGGAAAGCGCGUGUCGUGCUGGACAAGUGCAGGCGAGGGGCAGAAAGAUUUUGAGUUUGCCAAAAAUGAGCUACUGGCCGCUCAAAGAGCAAAACUCGAGGCUGAAAUCGAGGAAGCCCACUUAAAGGCACAAGAGGAAAUGAUGCAGGGAAUUCAAAUGGCAAAAGAAGUGGCUCAGAAAGAGCUUUCUGACCAGAAAGUUCUUUAUGAAAACAGGAUUCGAGCCCUGGAGAAGGAAUUGACUGAGGAAAGCGAGCGGAAGCAUCAGCAGGAAUUAGUCCAGCAGAGGGUGGCCAACCAGAUGGAGGAGCUCAAACUGGCCAAGCUGGAACUGCAGAAGGAGGUGGACACCCAUAAGACACGCCUCCGUCUACACAUGGAAACACAGGCUAUGGAGGAACAUCGAGUUUGCCAAGCAAAGAUUGUUGAGGCCCUCGAGGCAGAAAAAAGGAAGAUCGCCGUGGAGCUGGAGGAGAUGCAGAAAAAAAGGGCUUUAAGGGAGAACAAAACGCUCCUAAAUGCCUCUCCUCAGUGGGAUGCCAUGAAGCUGUCACUGAUGAUUGAAGAGGCCAAUAAAAUCAGUGUUAAACUGAAGAAACACACAAUCUUCAGCAGACAUGAAAACUCAAUCGGUGAGAACCCUGAUUGUGCUGAUCGGCAGGUGCGAGUUCAAAACACAAAGCUAGGAAUCACCACGUUCUGGAACCUGGACAAGUUCCAGAACAACAUGGUGGCCAUGAGGGAGCUCGAACAGGGGGAUUCCACCUCUAAAGAUGACGAUGUGUUUUAUGACCCUGAUGAUGAGUGGGAGCAAGAUAUAUCAGCCUCCUCUGCUUCCACCYCCUCCUUUUCUCGCCGAAGGAGUAGGAGUCUUCUGAAGAGUAAGAGAAUCUCUGGGCGUCUUUAUGAGAUUCGUGUCCAUCCAAUUCAGAGCCUCAGCACUUCGUCACAGACUGCUGGGUUGAUGGGCGUGGUCAAAGCUCCCACCACCCAUUCCGGCACCUCAAACCCCGCCAUACCUGGCAUCUGCAAGGAGCUAAUUGGUCAAUCAGUGGGUCGUUUGCGUGGCUGCGGUGGGACCGAAGAGAGCUUGGCAGAUAGGCUGACCUCUGAUCUGUGUCGGGUGCAAAAGGCUGUUCAAACCAUAUCUGACCUGUACGACGGCCUGGACGAUGAGAGUCAGGACAACGUGUUUGUAUGCAAGUCUGUAGCUCAAACAGAGUUGGUCAAGGCCACAGCAGCCAUAGAGAGCGCAGUGUUUGUUACCAUGCACUGGUUGGCCAAUGUCAAACCCUCUUCUGGUUUGCUCUACACCACUGCUGAAGAACUCAAGAGCCAAGUUAAGAAGAUUGGAGGAUUCUUCCAAAUACUUAUUCAGGGUUGCGAAUCCGAGAUCACAUCAAUGGUGGUAGAAGCACGAAGGAAGAGCAGUCAGUGCCUGACUGCUGCUUUGCUUGAACUUGGUCACCUGGCAGUGGUGACCGGCAUGCCUCUGAACAUCAUGGAGCUUAGCUCUCAGCCCACGGGCAAGCCAUCAGUGAUGACUUGUCUGCUGAAGGGAACCAGUCAAGGUGUCCGCUCUCUCUUAGAGGAGAGCCUCGCCAUCGCCAAGGGAAUGCUGAGAGAGGCUCAGCUGGCCUAUCCCAGAAACCCAGUCCUGCAGAAUUUAAAAUCAACAGUUCUCGAUCUAGCUCGUGUCCUGCAGAGCUACGUGCAGUGCCACAUUUUGGAGAGCAAGUCUGACCUAGAGGAGGUGCUGAAAGAGGAGGAGGCGUCAGCUGCUCGUCUAGAGAGACUGAGGACUACGUCAACCAAACUGUUCCAGCUGACCCAGGCAGUGCGACAGCUGCACUCCUCUUUGUCUGCAGCCUUGCGAGGUACAGACUCUGACCUCGGCAGCUGCAGAGAGCUGAUCUCCUCCUCCGCCAAGGCUGUUGAUGAGUUAAUUACYGGUCUGUCCGAGGAGGGCGCCGAGACUCUGUCCCUAUCUGCACGAGACGAGCUCCACUCCGCACUCCAGCCCUUGUUCUCGUCCUCUUGGCGCCAACAGGAAAUAGACGAGAACAGGAAUUCAUSCAGCUCUGAGAAGAGUACAGAAAACGACUUGUCGACCAAAGAGAGAGCUAAAGCACACAGCACUGUUAGAAAUCGACUUGUGAGUAAGGUCGUUUACUCCCUCGCUCCUGGUGUGUCCAACAGUGGUAGUCCACACUGGGUGUAAUGGUUUUUUUUUUGUGUGUUAUAACUUACAUGUUUUUUUAUCGACUAUAAAAUAUGUGUGGUUUUUGCCAUGAAAAAGGAUAUUGGGUUAAGCUUCUGAACUUUGGGUAAUUGUAUCCUACAAACGAUGUAGAAAAUGCUGAAGUAACCUGGUGUAAAUGCAGCAGUGUUGAGAUGCGUUGAGGGUUUCAUCCUUGGUAGGAUCAGAACUUUUGCUGUCUUCAGUGUAAAUGUAUUUACACAUGAGCUGAAGCAAGGACUUUCAUCGUUCAUCAUAUAAACAUGUAACAUUUCAUUACCUAGCAGCUUUGGUACGCUGUUUUGUAAAAAAAUAAUCAUAGAUGCUUUCACUUCGUUCUGUACAUGGUUURUAUUUAUGUAUAAUGGCACGUUUAGUUCUCAUGUUUGCAUAAACAUGACUGUAAUACACAAACAAUUAGCUUUAAGAGAAGAUGUGUAWAAUUUAGGUCUCUCUUUUUGUAAGCAAAGUGCUAUUUUAACCUUUGCCAUAUUUAUGGCACAUUUUUUUUAUCGAAAAAGAAAUUAUAUCAGCUGCUCGCACAAGAAAGUAAAUUUACGUGGCUUGUUUUCAAGUWUUUAUGUUUUUGCUUUGAGCAGUURGUGCACUCUGAUCUGCACCUAAAAGGAUUUUUUAAUUUUAAAUUGGCACCUAAAUAUGCUGUCUACAUUUUUGAUAUGCUUAAUAAACAUGUUCCAAAUUGUA